CGGGCCGGGGGGCGCCGGGCCGGCCCUCUCGGUGAGGGCAGCCGGACCCGCCUGCCGCGGGCUCGGGCGGCCCUGCCCUGCCGUGCCCUGCUCUGCUCUGCCGUGCCCUGCUCUGCCCUGCCGGAGGGCGCCGGGAGCGGCAGCGAUGAGCGGCGCGGAGCGGCCGGAGGGGAAGGAGGCGGCGGCCACGGGUGAGCCCGGGCGCUCGCUGGGUCCCAGUGAUGCGUCUCCAGAUGAAGGAGUUGUAGAAGAUCUGCCUUUAAUAGAUGAGAAGGCUGUGGAGCAGCUGACUGAAGGAUUGAUUUCCCACUAUCUGCCUGAUCUUCAGCGAUCAAAAUCAGCACUGCAGGAACUUACACAGAACCAAGUGGUACUGCUAGAAACAUUAGAACAAGAAAUUUCAAAAUUCAAAGAGUGUAACUCCAUUGUUGAUAUCAAUGCUUUGUUUUCAGAAGCUAAACACUAUCACAACAAGUUAGUGAAUAUUAGAAAUGAAAUGAUGAUGCUGCAUGAAAAGACAUCAAAGUUAAAAAAAAGAGCACUUAAGCUGCAACAAAAGAGGCAGAAGGAAGAGUUGGAACGGGAGCAGCAACGUGAGAAGGAACUUGAAAGAGAGAAACAGUUAACAGCAAAACCUGCAAAGAGGACCUGAAAACAGAGCAUACAACAACUUGUCUGAAUUAAUGAUUUCUACAUUCACUGGAAUUAAAGCAGACUUUGCUUAAAUUGGUCUACAGCUGUUGCUAGCAACAGUCUACUCUCUGGAAUUAUAAAUUCCAGAAUGGUAAUAAUAGAGUUGGUAACAUUCACAUUUUUUGAUUUCAGCCAUUCAAGUUGCCUUCUUUUGUAAUGCUAUGCAGUUUGAUAUUAUAAUGUAAGUUAAUUUUUAUAUAUAUGUAUAUAGGAGAACUUGGCGUCAUAGUUUUAAGUACCUAUCUGUUUUUGUUUUCUUCUCUUCUUUUGGUGUUUAGAAUUCUGAGAGAUUUGAUGACUGGCACAUGUUUUUCAGACAAAAUGCAAAGAACUUCUUAAAGUUCAGUUCUCAUCACCAGACAUCAGUGGCUGCAUUUUCACUGAAACUGCUUUGUUUCAUGCAGUUGGGAUCUGUCUUUGAUCAUAAAUACUGAUUUCUUGUGCAGCCUUAGUUUGAUCCAUCUCUAAAGAACUGAAGAAAAUAUCAGUGUAUUUUCUGAAAAGUUCACUUCAUUGCAGCAAUCUUUUUUUUUUUGUCAUCAAGUAACUUAAGAACAGCUUUAAAGUAACUUCUGAAUAAGUUCCCAGCUGAAAGGAUUGGCAGGGGAGAAGCAGAACACUAAAGAUUGUCAAAAUUGAUGCGUGCAUAAUGCAAAGAUUAAUGAUUUUGUGCUUCCAAACAUUUAAGUCAAACCAGGAAACUGUUGCUUCUGUAAUGGUUUAUUAGAAAGACUUGUGUGGUCUAAGCAUAUUUUUGUGGGAUUAGAAGUUGUAAUUUCUUUAUCUUGUGUGACAAAAUAAAACAUAACCAAAACUAAA